GAGUAUAUGCUAAGGAAUUUCUUGGUAAACGGUUGCAGUUUGGACCCCUACAAGCUGAAAAAAUUCUUGCAGGCAGCCGACAAGUGGACUGUGGAAGAGGAGAUUCAAGAGAGGUUUGGGAUUGUUUUUAAGAUUACACAGGAAGAAGGUGAUUAUCUUCUCUUGGAUACACAGCAAGAAGAACGCAGCAACUGGAUGAUAUUUGUGCGUCCAGCAGAAAAGAAAUCUGAGCAGAACUUGGUUGCUUUUCAGUAUAAAGGAGAAAUAUAUUUUGCUACAAUAAAGGAAAUAUCACCACAAUGUGAACUUAAAGUAUGGUUUUCAAAGGACUAUGCUGAGAGGAUGGGAACAAGAAUCCUAGCUGAGGAAGGUGUUUCAUGGCAGUUUCGCACUCGUCAGAGAUUUAGUUGUCGAGGAUGUAAGGUUGUAUUUAGUAGUGCUGCCAGCCUUUCAAAUCACCGUUGCUCAAAAGCACAUCAGAGUUCAAAAGGGGAAACACUUACAAGUGUUCGUGGGAGACAAGGUAAGAAAAGUAUUAGUAGAGGUGGUGGAAGUCAACUUGGAUUAGCACCAUCAACCUCAGGUAAGAAAACUCCACCCAAGAGUGAAAUUCCGCAGCAGAGAGAGGAAAAGGCGAGGGCUUCUGUAAAGCAAGAGCUUGGUUCACCUGCAUCAUCUACAGAGUCAGAAGAUCCUGAGCCUUUUCCUGUCACAACUCCCGAACGACGAAGUCCUCGAUCUAGUCCCCGUGGCCGAGGAAGUGUAUAUUCAUGUUCAGUUUGUCAGAAAGUAUUUCUUAGCCCAGGAAAGCUAAAGCAACAUUCAUAUUCACAUACUGGAGAGAGACCUUUUUCAUGCACUUUUUGCCAUAAAGCAUUUUCAUCAAGGUUUAAACUUGUGCGUCAUCAGCUUAUUCAUACAACUGAACGACAACACCAGUGUCCCCUUUGUAAUCGUAGUUUUCAUCGCAAAGAUCAUUUGAAGAAUCAUAUUCAGAUUCAUGAUCCUAAUAAGCAGUUUAAGUGUGAGAGACCUGAUUGUGGAAAAGAAUACAAUUCUUAUAUGUCAUAUAGAAAACACUGUGCUGUUCAUGCUGCAGAAGAAGGGGAUUUGCAGUGUAAAAUUUGCCAGAAAAUGUUUGAAACAAAGUCAGACCUAAUUUACCAUUUGAAGGUUCAUGUUGGUUCAAGAUCAGUUAAGAGUCCCAGUGAGAAGAAAUUUCAAUGUGAUCACUGCGACAGACGUUUCUUCACCCGAAAAGAUGUGAAACGACAUCUCGUGGUCCACACAGGGAAAAGAGACUUCAGUUGUACAAAAUGCCCCCAAAAGUUUGGAAGAAAAGAUCACUUAGUUAGACAUAUGAAAAAAAGCCAUGGCAUGUCAGAUGUUAGUCGUUUAGAGGGAUUAGAUGUAAGCACGCCAGGUACGUCAUCAGCAACCCAAGCAAUGUCUCCCACUGCUAGUGUAGCAUCAUCUCCACCUCCUGCAUCUGGGAGUCAGUCCAUACCAAUGGUGCUUCUUCCAGAGCCAGUGGCAGGACCAUCUGGACUCUCUGGAACAUCCAGUCUGCCAAGCACUUCAGGUCUUUUAAAUCCUUCAGGUGACACUCAGUUUGUAUCACCUUCAUUCCAGCCAGACUUUAGGAUAUUUGAAGAGAGUAUCAAAGAGGAGCCAGAACUUCAGCCAAGUAUGGAAGAAAUAGAUCCAGGAGGUGAUGAUUUAAGUAAAAUUUUGGGCAUGUAUUUACCAUCUGGUUCCAUGAAUAUUGCUGGUUCAUCAUUAUUAGAGCCUACAGCUCAGCGGACAGAAGAAGAGUCCCAUAGAGUUCUCUUAGAAUCAACACUUUUACGUCUCCCACAGGAGGAAAAAGGCCCUUCAGUGCUUGAACCAGGAACCAUAUUUACGAGAGAGCCAAUGGUGACACACCCCAUCCUUGGUGGUAUCCAGAGUGAAGGUUUUGGACAAGGAGGAAUGAUGCCUUCUACUAUCUUAACGGAAGAUUCGCCAAGUGUUUCCGGCAGUUCAGUUCACCAUUCCUCUGGGUCCAUAGCACAACUCUCAUCUGAAGAUAACAUCCCUGCUGUCAGAACCACCACAACACCAACCACUAGUGCCGCAGUUACCACAACUGCUUCGCUUCUUCCUACACUUCCAGGAUUUGACCAAGCAUUCCCUUAAGGGGACUGAGUGAAAUCUGUGAUACAAGCUGAACUAAUGUUGUCUUGUGCAGGGAAGAAAUAGUGAACAGGGAAGUAGUUUUAACUUAAAACAGGCAGGGUUCUUUUUUAUUUAAGAUAUGUAACGUGUAAACAUUGUAAAUGUGAAAAUGGUAUGUUUACUAAAAAGUAUGGCAUGGGAACUCAUUUAAUGAAAAGAAAAUGGUGAUUCCCUCAUGUUUUUAUAGUGAUGAAUUGUUAUUUUUUCUUUUAAUGUAGUGCCAGAUUAGUUAUAAGCGUCUGCUGCAAUAUUCAAUCAUUACUCCAUAGUCGGUGUAUGUACCUGGUAUAUUCUGUGGAGAAUGAGUCAUAUUGUUAGGCAUUGGUAUUGUCAGAAAAAUGUAAGUUAAAAGUAACUUCUGAGUUUUUUACACUUACUUUUAAAAACGAAUUCAAACAAAACUUCAUAGAGCUUUAUGCGCUUCUCACCAACCAUGUAUCAGAUGGACCAAAGUACCUGGAUGGCAAAAUCCCCUCUAUGCUAUUGUAUUGCAGUAGUCAUUAUUUGUGUAGUUCCUGUAGUUAUAGCUUUUCCUCUAUCUUUUGAUUUCUUUUACAUUUGUAGAGGAUUUGUAGAGGUAUUGUUAAGAUUGGAUUAUAUUCAUUUUUAAGUUUCUUCUACCUCUGUUAGAUUUAAGGAAGAUGUAAGCGAACUGGAGUACAAAGUUGAUGGAUUGGUUAGUAAGGUAGCUUCAUGGGUGUCUACAUGAAAUUUGGGUAGGCUUAUAUUGUUAGUUCUGCAGUAUUUAAUUUUAUUUAUUUAAAAAUUAUGAUUUUCCAAGGCAUAAGAGAUAGGACUUGUUUUGUUCUUUUCCCUUGAAAGCGAGAUUCACAUUCAAAAUAUCUUCAAACCCUGUGUAUACAUAUCUGUAAUUCUUUUUGUUGUGUGUGUGUGUGUGUGUGUGUGUGUGUGUGUGUGUGUAACUUUUGUUUGCAUGUGCUUUGUAAGUGUCUGCAUGAAGUUAAAGGUUUUUGUGAAAAUGUUUAUAGAUGUAUAAUUGAUUUAUUUACAAGGAAAUUUUUAAAAGGAAUGUUGGAAGUACUUCUAUAUUGGGCCCCCAGUGAUCUUUGCAGAAUUCUGUGAUAAGAUCUCCCUAAAAGGGAUGUAGGAAAGUCUUUAUACUUUGUAUGUGUGAUAUGUAUUUAAUGUUUGCAUACAUACUCUACAGUGGUACCUUGACCUUCGAGUUUAAUUCGUUCUGGGGCUGAGCUCGUAGCUCAAUUUGCUCGUACAUCAAAUCAAUUUUCCUCAUAGAAAAUACUUAAAAUGCUCUUAAUCCAUUCCAACCCUCAAAAUGCCACUGCAUAUUUUUAUGUUUCAUGUUAUUAAAUAAGGAAAAUUAAUUUCUAAAUAACAAAUAUUGUAUAAAAACAAAAUAGAAAGAGUAUGGAAAGAUAAGAUAAGUUUUUAUAAAGUGCACAGGUACUGUUCAAGUCACGAUAAUUCUUCUUAUGAUAAUCCAAUUUUACAAGAGAGACUGAAUUACAAUACAUACCCUAAUCUUAUCCCAUCUUCUUGUUAAAUAAGUUAAAAAAACAGCAAAAGAGAAUGCUGAAAGUAUUUUUUUUAACAUAUUCGUUGCAUAAAAGUGAAGAGCCAUGAACAACCGAACGAGAAACAACAAUAUCCGUUUUGCUUGUAUUACAAUCAUUGUACGAUAGUAAAAAUUACCGUAGUUAUGUUAUAAUUGACGUUAUGUAGAAUAGGACAGAUAUUUUUAUGUAAUGACUUUAUUCAUUCUAGAUCAAAGAUCAACAAGGAAAUAUACUGUUAAAUUUAAACCAAGUUGUAGCUAAAGCUGAGAAAGCUUUUCAAGCUGCUAAUGAGUAUUAUUGUGCAUCGGCAACAAGGAUAACACUUCUGUAAACACAACCGUAGAUAAAGUUGAGAGAAAAUAAUUUUAAUCCAAAUUACUGGGCUUGAAAGAACACAUUUUACUGUUGUUUUCACGCCGAUAAAAGAUGAUUAACGUAAAGCUCGUAUUAUUAUUAAAUAAAUUGAAAAUAGCGAACGGAAUCACGUAAUUUAUUUUACUCAAACAUGCCACCAUUGUAAUCUGUUAAUGAAAAAAUAAUUUAGUUCACCACAAUCACAAUGAGACGUAUUCAAAUCAUAUUUCGACUUAAAAACAUGUUGUAUAACGAAAAAUGACCUUGUCUCAUGUGAGUCACAUAUCUAGAUAUUUGUUUAUGUUAACUAGAAGCAGUAAAAUUCUCUCAGAAUUGAGUUAAAUAUGACGAAACAAACUCGUAUUUGCCACCAGCUAUGUUAGUAGUAUUUUAUAAUACAAUAAUACCAGCAUACAUAUUAUCGGACAGUGAAGUAAUGUAUAACUUUUUAAAAGAUUCAUGGAAAAGAUGCACAUUUACUUUUUCUUCUUUGCUUAUCUUAAUUUAAUUCACUCAUAGGUUAAGGUACCACUUUACUUUUGUAUCAGGACCCAAAGUCAUCAUCACUGUCAAGGAAACCAGUGCAUCAGGUGCAUUAAAGUAAUACUUGUCACUUGCCUUUUGGGACAUACAUGGGUUACAUUCUCUUACAUUUCAGGUACAUCUAAUACUUACACUAUUCAUCAACGAUGGAAUUAUUCAUGGAAUGUAAGGUUGUCAUAUCCUGUAAUCUAAAGCAUGGAAGUAGUGGACUGUAUUAUGUUACCUACUCAUGUAGGACUUAUAAGUUUAGCAAAGCAGCUUUUGAACUUAAAGAAACUGUGCACAUAGAUGUAGUCCAAAUCUUUAUUCGUUUGUGGUUUCCUGCUUUUCUUUAUUUUACCUCCUACUCCCUUUUUACUCUUCCUUGACUAUGAACAAGGGUCAUGGGUCAUUUAGUGACAAUAUUGCUGUGAUGUAAAUAUAUUGGACAGUUUUCAAAGCUUGGAUGAAAAUGGUUGGCUGCGAAUAAUGGAGGAUCUUUAGGAAUUAACAAUACAUGCAAGAUGCCAAGAGCAUUACAAUAAUAGGUAAUAUUCCUUUGAUAUUAUUUAAAGGUCCCUUACUCCAAUCAUCUAUGGUAAACUUGGGAAUUUUAGAUCCAGUUAGUGUUGAAGGUCUCAGAAUUGUACUUCAAAAUGUUAAAAUCUACAGGCAGUGAACCACUCAUGGCUAAUCUGUGAUUGGAAGUCUACAUUAAGUGAAGUGCUAACUGUAUGGUCAUUGGAUCAUUUUUUUUUUCAUUCCUAAUUACAGCUAACAAGAAAUUGCAGUUGUAAUUCUUCAGUUCUAGAACUUGGAGAAUGGAAAAUGUCAAAGCUUACUUAUUUUAUAAGGAACCCAUUGUGCCAGUUAUGAACCUGGUUAAACUUGAUAGGAUGAUGUUUGUAAUGCACAACUUCAUGUAUAAAAUUGAUUGUCAUUUGUGCAGUUUUAAUUCAGAGAGCAAAAAUCAAAAAGAUGGCUUUCUAGCAGGACAGCCCCAAGUGGUAUUAAGUCAUAACAAGGAGCUGAAUCUCGUGAUGGGUUAUCAUCACCACCUUAUGAUAACUACAACCUAGGAAAAAUGGUUUUAUAGUCACCUGAACAGUGCAUGAAUCUCAUUUAAUCAAACUCAGGUGUUUCCAUCACAACCUUUUGUUGUAUGCAAAAUUUGUACAUUAGGCGAGUUCUUUACAAACUGCGUAAGUGGGAUGUAGUUUAGAUUUCAUGUGUCUCAAGUGUAAUAAAAAUGGGUAUUAGGAAUGAUCUACAGGGACAGAAAACCAAUUUAAGAAUUACUGCAAUGACUGUCCAUUUAAGGUAUGUACUUAUUUUGCGUAUAGUGUUUGAAACAAUGACUUCACUGCAAUCAAAUGUUUUCAGUAACAAGAUUUUGAUGAAAGAAAUAUUGACAUUAACAAAGGCCUUCCAGUGAAUUGUCAACAUUAAUAUUCGAGCACGGCUAGUAGAAGAUGCAAAUUAGUAAAUAAAACUUGAAAACUUGAAUGACCACAGGAACAACUCAGAGUUAGCUAGUGAGAAAGUAAACGUUGGUUCCAUGUGUUCUAGAUGAGAGAGAGAGAGAGAGAGAGAGAGAGAGAGAUUUUUCAUGAAAAUAGUUUAUUUCAUAAAUUUUAUAACUCAUGAAAAUAGAUUAUUUCAUGAGUGUAUUCUGAAUUAUCUUAUCUGUAACCAAUGUCAGAUACAGCUUGAAGAAUGUUUUUUUGUGGACUUAUAAUUGCUUGUUUUUGAAAGUUGUUGCAUGAGACAGUGUUCAAAGAUGAUAUAUAUUGUUACUCUUGUUACUCUUCUUAUGAAUUCUUGGAGAGCUGUGGUGGUGUCUGUGAGUAUGUCAUUGAAACUGAAUGUAUGAAUGAUUUUUUUUAAUUGAAUUUUUGCCUCUGGGAUUGUUAUGAAUAAGUGGAAUGUCACAGUUUUUUUUUUUUUUUUUUUUUUUUGUUAAAGCAUGUUGUAUCAUUAUGCCCAUACUUCCACUGUGUGAGCAAAGCAGUCAUGUUGAAACUAUCUGCAAAGAUAUGUUUCAAGAGUUUACUCUUUAAUCACUGGUUUAAAACUAGGAAACCAAUUGCAGUAUAUAAGAAAAUCACUCUGUAAAAGAAUGACUAUAGUAUGUAUAUGUAUCACACUCUGUAAAAGAAUGACUAUAGUAUGUAUAUGUAUCUUUACAGAUAGCCAUUUUUAGUGUACAGUAUUCUGCUAGUCUUAUGUUCGUUUAUAGUGGUUGAAUGGGCUUGGUGUAUACUGCAAGUCUUUAUGUGUGAAACUGGCAUUGCACAAUUUAUUGUAGGAUGUAAAGAUGUAUUUGUAUCCAAGCAAGAUUUCUGUUUCUACCUCUAGUUCUUCAUAGUUCUUACCUCAGUUGUAGUUUUCACAAAAGUAUUUCUUUAUUUUUUAUAAGGUACAUAUAUUUAAAUUGUUAUUCAAUAUGCUAAAAUUAUCUUUAAUUUGUUGUUGACGUUUGUUAUUAUUCAGUGAAGUAUUGCAGUAGGGAUACAAAAUUUCUGUUGUGAACCCAUUUAUAUUUAUGAAAAUUAGAAACUGCUUAACACCAAAUCUGUUAUUAUAUAUUGAAAGUAGAGUUAUAUUUUUUAUUCAUAUUACAGUACAUUAUCAAAGGUUAAAACAUGAAGUUUUGUUUGCUUGUCUGUCAGCCAUUUUUAAGUGGGUGCUUUACAUUUAAUUGAUUAUUAUGUGAGCUCAUCAAGAAAUUGAAUUGAUGAUCAUGUUAACUUUUAUUAAUACGGAGUCUAGGUAGAACUUUCAGACCUUUUUUUUUAUAAUAAUUUAAACUUUACUUUUGUGUGAAAAUUGUGUGGUCAUUUAGAUAAUGUCUAGUAGUAAUUUUGUUUAAUGAUAAAGGGAUUUUGUUAUGCUAAUCACUUAUCACUCAGCUACUUUCAUACGUCUGCCCCAGCAGUUUGAUCUCCAGGCGUGCCUUCGGUGAACAAAUCUCUUAAAAUAUUUCUACCUCUUGCCUUUUGUGUAAUUGGUUGGCCAAGAAAUUAAUUGUCUUGAAGAGUGCUUCCCUUUUUCUGCCUGGGGAAUAUUCAGCUGCAAAGAAAUGCCCCCAGUUGUUAUAAUUCUUUUGCUUAACCAGCUCCUGACAUUCGUAAGUUUUACCUGGUCGGAACUUGUGCUAUUUCAUUUUCUGGUUAUUUUUUUAAUACGGAAGGUAGCGAGAUGUUUUUUCUGUGGUUUCAGAAUUUAUAAGCGUGAGAGUUGGGUAUUGGCAUUUUUACAAUUUAGUACCUUGUUUUAAACAUAAUGGUGAUGCUGUCUGUUGAAGUGCAGUGUUCCCCUGUAUUCGCGGGUGAUGGGUACCAGACCUCCCUGCGAAUAGCUAGAACCCCUGAAUAGUUGGAACCCCUUUGCUAAAAAUGCUUAAAACUGCUUAUUUUGUUAACUAAAUCUCAAGAAAAAACCACUAAAAAUGUUUAUCUCAAGAAAACCCACUAAAAAUGUUUAUACGUACCUGGUUUUUUAAAGUUUUAUCACAAAAAUUACAUUUUGUGAUGAAAUUGAUAAAAAGAGAGAAAAAAACAGGAAGUUGUGUAGAUUUCUCAUAUGAAAAUACCAUGAAUAGGCAAAUUUUCUGCAAAUAAUAGGGAUAUAUGUUCCAGAAAGAAAUCCCCGAAUACAUGAGUCUGCGAAUCUGGAGUGCCCGAAAAGGAUGUUGUUGGUCACUUGUAUCAUAUAAUGCCUUUAUUGGUUGUGGUGUUAAAUGAUACUAUCCUAGGGACAGUGAUCAUGACUUUAUUAUACUGUAUUAGGAAAUGAUUACUUGUAAAAUAUGAGACCAAAAAUGUAUAUAUUAUUUACCGUGGUUAAUUUUUCAUUUUUUUAUUUUUUUAGAUAAAAGCCUGUCCCAGGAACAGUUUGGAAUUUUAGAAGUUCUUAAUAAUGUCAACUUUUGCACUUAAUUGCUGGCACUUGUUAUUGGUACCACUCCCAUUAAACUAGACCCAGUCCAAGCACUAGUCAUCUAAGAUGUGUCCAUCUUGACCGAGCUCAUUGUCCAGUCUCUCAGGUUUUAAGGGUUAACUAGAGUUAUCUAGUCAGCUUUUUAUUACUUACAUCUACCACUGAUUGGCUAGUUUUUUCACAGCCAGGUUAUCCAUUUCUUCCACCUCACUUUCUACUUUAUAGUAUAGUAGAAUUUCAAUUACUGUAUUUUCCUUCCUUGGGACCAAGUUGUUCCAAACAUGUUUAUGGGUCAGUCCACCAAUUUUUUAAAGUAUAAUGUCUGAAAUACAACCUUUUCAGGUGUUGAAGACACUACUAACUAUGAAGAUGCUCCCCAGUUUUUACUUACAAAAUCUUUUUUGAGAGAGGGAGAGAGAGAAAGAGGGGGGAGGGGGGAGUCAAGUUGGCGUUUUUUUUUUCCACAUUCAACUGUCUCCAUGUAUUAUAUUUAUUGUGGCUUUGGCUCCUUAGGGAUAUAGAUUAUUAUAGUUUUCAGUUCUCUUCUUUAUUCUAAAAAAUACUUAGUUUUGUUUUAGGUUUUUUUCAAGUUCAUAUAUUAUAAAAUAAACAUUUCUGAGGUUGAUAUAACAGAGAACUAAAAAAAUUUAAUAGAUUACAAAGUAAUAUAUAUAUGAUAUCAACUGGCUAGCCAUGUUGUCAAAAAUUUCAUUGACCAACAUAUGAGUACACAAUUCAGUCUGAAAGCCCUCUUGGUUCACUGUGUUUUUCAGCAUGAGACAAAGUUGGUACUGUAUGUUUAGAAGAUCUCAGAAUCAAGUUUUAUACAUUAAUACCUGUCCAUUUAGUUUCUAGAGGGCACCCCACUCAGUAGAACUGAGUCAGUAUCUUAGGAAAACCCUUAGCAGUCCUUCUUUCUCAACAGGUCUGGGGCAAGAUUGGCCCACAUUGGUGGAGGACCUGUUUCUCCUUAUGAUUGGUACUGAGGGCUGAAGGUUCGUGUUUAAAACGCCCCAGGACUUGGGGAGGCUCAAGUCUGAGUCAGUACAGCUAUAAUUUUUUUUUUUUUUCUCCAAAUAGGAAGAACCUUAGCCCAUUUUUCUAAGGCAUGUGAUUGGGUAAAAGAAAUCUGGUUGUCUUUUAUAAUGGUCAACACAUGCAGAGAUGUACAAACAGCAAGAGAAGCUCACUCUGUUAGUAAACUUGUAUGCAGUCUUUCAACUACUGAUUCAGUGUUCACCAUUGCCAAACUCCAGAGCAUAGAAAAUGGAUACCCUGGUGUCUCGCUGGAUCAACAGUUGGCUUUAUAUAUUGUCUUUCAUACUUAGGAUAUUGUUUAGGACUUGUACACAGUUUUUACAAGGCUUUAGAAAUAUAGAUUUUUUUCCAUGAGAGAUGUUUUUGCACAGGAAAGCAAGGCAGCAGUCACAGUUAUACCCAUCCUGUGCAACUUAUGUCAAAGAUUAGUCAAAGAUAAAACCUAAGCCACAUAUUCAUCUUUGGAAAGAAAUUUAUUUAGUUCUGGAAAAAAUAAGUUUUCAGUCCAUGUGCUCUUCCAAAGCAACAUAUUCACCUUGAGGCCAUGGAGACUCGGAGGAAUCCAUAAUAACAGAAACAAACGGCUAGGAAGGAGAGCAAAAGUGAAAGCAUCUACUCCCCAUGGCAGUUAAGGAAAAGACUGAAGCGUCAGGAGGUCAGAUGCCUGGUCUCUAACCAGCUAUCACCUUAUACAAACUUUGAUUGUUUUAACCGGUUACCAGCUGGCAGUUGGAAAGUAAUCCUGUUGUUAAGACUUCAGGUUUGUUAACUAUGAAAAAUACAAAUUGAUUUAAAAAUUUGUUAUAUUAGAAGUAAAUGUACCUGCAUAGGCUGUGUCCUAGGGCUGCAAUCUUCACCCCUGAGUAAUGUAAUGGCAUAUAUCUCACCAGAAAGCCCAUUACUGGACUGCACCGAAAAGAAUGGAUAAUGAAGAGGACCCAGAAAUAUUAAGGACUUUUAAAUAAUGCUACAUUCUCUGUUGUAUUGCAGACGUACUGUAAAUGGCAUCCUCCCCUUCCUGGAUGUUGCAUACAGCAAAAUCCAACAGGUUAUGCUACCAUGGUCCAUUUAAAAGUAUGAGCUUAUGCAUUUGCUUUAACGUUUCCUGUAAAUGCCGACAGGUAAAAUCGUGAAUGCCUUCAUCCAUUGUUGACUUCGAAAUGUAAACAUUCAUGCGCACAUACCCACUGCUCCACAUGAAGAGAAAACAUAUGGAGGCUGAAAUUUCAGCAGAAAUGUUAUUAAAUAACCAACAGUUUAAAUGCAUCAAAAGUCAAAAUUUAGCAUACCAAUCUGCCUGUAACUGCUGCCCACCAGUCUCUUGUAAACAUGUGUACUUUGUAUCUUAUUAAAUCACUUUUGCAAAUCUGAGUGCACAGAGAAGACUUGAUACAAAAUAAAUGCCAUAGAAACAGCUAUUGUAUCCAGUAAUAAUGCAAUAGGAACAGCUAGUGUAUUCAGUAAUAAUACACUAUAAAAAGAAUACUAAAUCAUUGCUCUCACUUAUGAUCUAGGUUAUACACAGAAAAUUCAGCUUGCCUGCCACAGAAUGUUUUAUGACCUAAUUUCCUUACAUUCAUAACAAAGUACCUACACUAUUGCCUUGCUCUUGUAACUUUUUUUUUUUUUCUUUUUAUAAAUUACCACCCAUAGAUGUAUUUAGCCUUGGGAAAUGAGCUGCUGUUUUUGUUUCCUUGGAAAUUCUGUAAAAAAAAAUAUCACUGAAUAAUGUUAAAAAGCAACUAUGAUAGAUUAGGUUUUUGAGACUUAAAAGAGGACUGAUUUGUCCAUUUAUUAAUUUUGUGUGACAAUGCUGACAGUAUAAGCAUCCAAAAUUUCUUGAGUUUAAUGCCGAAUUUAUGAACAGUUGACUGUUUUAACCAAGUAUAUUUGAUGAUAUGUGACACUUGAUUCAUUUGAAAUCGUGAGUACUAGAAGUGGUUUCUAUGAGUUGUAAAAUUUUAUUUAGUUUUUAAAAAACAGCCCUUUACUCCUUGUUAUUUUCUUAGUGGAGUUGAAUAAUUAUGAGAAUAGGUUAAAUUUAAUUGUCCUAUUGUUCACAAAUGAAAGGGCCUUUUAAGCUUACCAAUUUUUUAUUAUUUUUUUUUUAUUUUAUAGUUGACACCCAUAUCUGGCUGUUUUUGAGAUGUGUAUAUUCAUGAUCCUUGGCAUAUAAAGCAUUUAUAUUUAUUUUCUAUAAAUUUUUAUAUUUAGGUAUUAUUUGAUAAGUGACAUUAGAUAUUCAGUAUGCAUUGCUGUAAAGUGUACUCCCUUCUACAUCUCUUAGUUUCUUAUGUUGAGUAAUGAAAGGUAAGUACAGAGUAUGGUAAUACAUGAAAUGCAUGAAAUAGGUGUGCUUUUACUUUUGACAUUUUAGCAGUUACACUGCAGGCAGUGCAUUAUUUAUUUAUUUUUGUGGAAAAUUUGAUAUAUAUCUUAUGACCAGCACAUUUGAAUUAUGUCAGCAGUAGGUGAUGAAACUAUUACAAAAUAAGUUCUUAUACAAACCCAUUACUUAUGAAUAUACAGAAUGGCUUAUUUUGUAUCUGCAUAUGUCCCUGGUCACAUUUUUUUUCUACUGAAAAAGAAAAAAUUGUUUGCACUACAUACUUCUCAUCUGGAAACUUAGGUAUAUUAACCCAUAACUUUACUUUUUGUGGAAACUGUAAGCCAGAUGGUAUGAUGGGCUGGGAGGAUGCAAGUUUCUUUAUGAUUAAUGGAUUUGUAUAAAAAGCUUGGUUUGGACCAUGAAAGUUGAUAAAUUUCAUCACGACCCCACUAAUCCUGCAUGUACUUGCAUUGCUGUUUAGUGACAAGCUGAAUUAUUGAAAAUCUUAGUGGUUACAUGUGCUUGCAGGGUCUAGCAAAUUACUUGAGGACUAAAAGGAGAUUGGAGUAGUCUCCAUUAGCUCAUAGGCGUGUAAAACCUGUGUAAUGCAGAGCAAGGUGAUUAUAUCAAGUAAGCGUUUCAUUUUAGAAAUGGGAAACAGAUCUUCAGCCAAAAUAUCUGAAGAUUACGCCCCUCAAGUGCCAUGAAUGAUCAGCAGGCGAGUGUCAAGAAGUAUGAGGGCAUAAAUUAUUGGUAAGCUAACUCCCAAAGAUAGCAUGACCUAUAGUUAUUGCUUGUUUUCAUGAAUACAAGUCUGAUAGUGGUGUUAGAAAUAUCUCAUAAAUUUCCUAACUUGACAAAUGCUUUGCAAUGUUACUGGCAGAUAGUUUAAAAAACUCAUCUGCCAAGAGGAAAUGAAAAGAAGCAAAGAUGAAGAAUGUCCAAAUUCUUAAGAAAAGCAGCUACAUGUGUGGUUGCCUGAGAGAUUACAUAAAUUCAAAGGUGGACUUUUUACCAUAAGCCUGUUGAAUUGAGGCAUAACAAGACUAACUCAUGAACAGUGAUUUGCUGUUCUAUCCUCUAAUGUCUAGGACCUUGUAAUCUGUUGUUGUCAGAGGCUGGCUUGCUGCUUUUGAAUAGGAAGAGCCAGAAUAUCAAAUUCCCUUUGGGAAAAGGGAUGGCAGGACUCCUACUAAUCACUAGAGCUGCAUCCUGUCAUGAAGGUUCUAAAAAGGUCUUAUGAGACUAACUGGGCAGUCUUCUAGUCAAAUUGUUGAAAAAUUUUAACUGGGUAACAUUACCAAAGUGGAUGCAUGAACUAUGUUCUGAUGACCCAAGGUGCUCAAUCCUGGAUUAGCACCAUUUGACCAAAGGCUUUGCUCAAACUACUGGACAAAGAUGAAAAUCGCUCAUCCAUAAAAACUAAGUGACAAGGAGGGACAGAAGUUGAUUCAUCACUGACAGUAUUGUCACCAUCACUGGGUUCAGUUUAUGAAUAUCUUUGUAAACUAUGCCCAUCUUUUGCAUACAUGACAUUGAAACCAAAUCAAAUGCAGUAUUUGACCCAGAAAAACUAAUUGGAAAUUCUCAGUUCCUACUGGAUCAUUCCACAGACUCUGCCAUCUCCAGCCUAGAGAGGAAUGUGGUACAAUUUUAAGGUGACUGUGGAAGUCUUGAGAUAUGCAGACAUUAACUAAGAACAUCAAAUGAACCAUUCUACGUCCUUUAAUGGCCGUCUCAAAACAUGGUUGGAUUUCCCAAGAUCAAUGACUGCAACAAGAUAGAAAUUGGGUGCCAUGCCUUUAAACAGGGGAGAGUGAGGACUGAAUUGAGAAACCUUUAUAACCCAUGGAUUUAUUUUGAUGUAGCACUGACAGUCAAAAUGUCAUGCAAGAUUAUAUUUUAUUUCCUCCCCAUCCUCACAAUGAAGACCAAGCAAUUGAAGUUGUGGAUAGUGUGACAACUACACUAAGCUAGCAUUUGAGGAUCAGCAUUCUUCACCCAGGUGUGGAACAUGUUGAUACCACUGUCAGAUAUUCUGAAACAUAAAUAGCAGACCCCUCAGUAGUGGAAUCCCUUGAUCAGAUAGCCAUGAAUGCUUCCUGUAGGGGCUGGCAAAAGUAGCUUGGGCCAGUAGAUUUAUACUUGAUAGCACUGGAAAUGGAGUUAGUAUCACAUGAUUGAGACCACAACUUCAUGGAAAUGUAGUCUCAUUUGAAGAAGAAUCUAUAACCUAGAAAGUUUUGAUAAGUACAAUGAGGUGUAGUGGAUAUCUGCUCACUACACAACAGAUACCACAAAGGUAAUCAUAAAAAUUAAAAGUUUAUAACAGCACAAGUGAAGCACAACUAGAUAAACAGUCUGUUAAUGUAUCACAUAUGACAAUGAAAAUUAUUAUCCAAAACUUACUGUUACACUGAAAAGUGAUUAGUAACUGAUAGAUAAAUGCUUAGAUAGCUUAGUUGAUUAAACACAGAAAGCUUAAUUAAUUAAACACACACAUUGCCAAAAAUACAGAAAAGGAAAAAUGUGUACAGUACUUACUCUUAAAUCUACUAUGGAAAUGUAAGUGAUGAAAGCAAACAGGCACUAGCUAAUGCAGAGCAUCUCAUUGAUAACUUCAUAUCUGGUUAACCUACACAGUAAAAAGAAGCUUCUCUAAUUCAAUUACAGUAAAGAAACUUCCCCUAAAUCAAGUAGUAGUUUAUACUACAGGAACUUUCCCUAAAUAAACUACAUAUUUGCACAAAUUAAUAAGCCAAAAUUAAGCAAUGCUAAUUCAAAAGAGCUACAUUUUAUGAACAAAAAUAUCUGAUAACAUAAAUAAGAAAUACAUGUCAAAAGUAAAAUUUACUUUUUCAUCACCUACACUAAGCAUUACUACAAUUUUUUAAAAAAUGACUAAAAGAAAUUAUUUUAAAUGAUAAACAAUGGAAAAUAAAUUAGUGCUGUAAAUGUGAUCCAGAAAAAAAUCUCCGGAGAAUGUCAGAGCUGUUAAAAGCUCUGCAGGACCAUGAAAAAUGAGGUUAUUAGUUAAUAUAUACCUGAUCCAGAGAGCAUGUAUGUAUUUUGGGAGUUUCUAUUUUCAAACAAAAGGGAACAUUUGCAGAAGCAAAUUAAGCCAUUUAUUUGAUAAAUGGGGCUAUAGUGAAAGAGAGAGCAUUGAUUGUAGGAUACAAACAGUUUUAGUGCUUAAUAACAUGGAGAAAUUUUCUAUUUUUGGCCUCCUUUGCAAAUCUAGUGAUUUGAUGAAGGGUAAAAGUAAAGAUAAUACUAAAGUGUUAUUUUAAAUCAAAUAGCAUUCAGCAAGCAAAGUUCAUACUUAAGAAGCACUAAUUUUUUUCAUUUUACUGCCCAAUGUUCUAGAUCUACUAAUAAUGCCAGUGUUUGCCAAGUCCCAGUGUUAGUUGCUGAAUGUAGUAUUAAUAUAGCUGGUGUGUACUGGACUGAAACUAAUAUUAUACUCCUAUGUUGGAGUCUGCUAAGUCAAAUUUUACCUAAGGUGAGAGAGGAUUCAAUCUUAAGCCUUGGUUUUAUUAUCCCAGAGAAUUUUGCCUUAUAUAGAGUUUUCUUGCUUCUGUGCUUCUCUACUUUGUAAAAGCAAAUGCUUUUAUGACAAGUAUAUUAUAUGUGAAAUUGUUUUAUGAUGGUACUUGCAUUAUUCAUAAUCUCUUGGCAGCCGUCAUUUGUUAACUCCAUGUUCUUAGGCAUCUGAAGCUGCAAAUUUAAUUUCAGAAGGUAGUGUUACUGGAAAGUUAAUUUGAUAUAACAGUCUCUACAAAAUAGAACUAUUUAAUAAUAAUGUUUCGGUAUGAUUUUAAAUCAAUUUAAUAGCAAAACCUCUAAGUGCCCUUCCUUUUUUAUAAUUUGUUUAGGUACUGAAAAUACUGUACUCAGAAUCACACGAUGAAUGUAUCGGUUUGCCAUGCGUACAUAUGUUAGCCAGCCCUGUGAGAGCUGGAACUUGUAUCUUGAUGGUCUUUUUAUAUAAUCUUAUCAUCUUUUGAGAGUACGUCUUUAAAGAAUACCUCAAGUGUGUAUAAAAUUAAAAUGUUCCAUUUUGUAGUUGAUGUUAAUGAGUUAAAGGAAUUUUUUCAGUUACAGAAAACAAAUGUGCUGCCUAGUGUUACCAAAUUUAUGGUGUACUGAUGAUGUUUUUGGUUGUAAAAUAGUUGUUGAAGUUCAGUAUUACAGUAUGUGAAUAUUAUUUAGCAGUACAGUAGUGAAUUUUAUCUUGUUUGCAAUUGUUGACUUUUCAGUGCAAGUCCAAUUAACUGCAACAUAUACUAGCUUCCUACAAUGUGGUACAGUGGUAUCAGUAAAGUACAGGUAGCCGUUAAUUAAUGCCUGCAGUAAGAAAAAUGUAAAAGAAAAAUUCAAGGGUAGUUUAAGCAGCUAGUUGUGGCACACAGGGUGAAAUAUUGUUAUUGAUAAGCACAUUGCCAUAAUAUUGGGUGUGUUAUGUAUAUGAUCCAGUGUGUUAGUGUAAUUUUGUUAUGCUCCUGCCUCUGGCCUAAGCUAUCAAAGUCUACUCUCCUCUUGAAAUAGUAAAAUGCAUGUAGUCAUAACCCAUAUAUUUAAAAUUUGUCAUUCAAUGUUCUGCUCUGCACAACCUAGCCAAAAUAGAAACCAUUGUUUUGUAUAAUGAUGAAAAAGGAUAAUAAAGCAGGCAGACACCCAGAUGAGUAUUUGGACAGGGCUAAAUUCAGAGAAGAGGAUAGACACUUUGGCCAUGGGUAUUGUGAGGUUGGCUCAAGUAAAUGAUAAGGUGCAGCAGAUGGAAGCAGCGUUGCCAUUACUUAGAGGCUAUGUGAAGUAAAGGAGAGAUAUAUUAUUUAUAUUUUUAUACUUAGGCAUUACCUGAUUUCUCUUUAAGAAUCAUUUGAUUUCUUUGCACACAAAUACCUGAUUUAAGAUAGGUUAAUAUCAAGGAAAUUUUGAAGAUUAUUUGAGUACCAUAUUGUGCUGUAUAUCUGUAACUAUUGUAGUGCACCACCUGGGUUUUGUACAAAUAUUGCAGCUAAGUUCUUUUAAUUUUUUUAUAUAUAAAUUAUUUUGUAAUUUUUCAAGUGUGAUCAGUUACUCAACAUCUGUUCAGAAGAGCUACUUCUGGGUCAUCUUUUGGGUCAUGGAGAUGACAUUGCCCUCAGCAUCUUCAGCAAGCACAUAGUCUCGAUUUUGUAUGCUUUGCCUAUUUAGAUCGAUUCAUGUCAGAAAAUAUUCUUUAAUUCUAUCAAGUGUGCCAUAUGUAUUUUAUGAAUGUUAAUCAGCCUAUGUGAGUACAUAUUGUAGUUCUGCAUUCAUUAAUUCAGUUUAACAAUUCUUUAAUAAAUAAAUGAGAUAUUAAUGCUGCCAUUAAGACAUUUUCAACAGAGAACAAAAAACAAGAAUGAAUUAGGUAUGUUUUGAUAGAAUACACAUUUGUGGAGUCACUCCAAAUACUGUUGUUCAUAACCUGAAAUUUCAUCCUACAGAUUUUUCUUAAGAUACUGUCUUGAAAUAUUUUUUUUUUUAAUACUGGCCUUUAUUUCAAAGGAGAUAAAAAAAGUUUGCCAUUGUAGGAUAAUUUUGUAUUAUCCAGAAGCCAUAGAUUUAUGAAUAAUGGGAAUUCUUUUCUGUACUAGCCACAGUUAUAAGGAUCAGCUAGCCAAGAUAUCAUCAAGUUCCAAGUGGAUUAUCUGGAAGAAAAUGUUUUUUUGGAGUCAAGACAUGUAUCCUGAAAUGUUUCAUUUGUAUAUCAUUGACACAGCAUUGUACAGAGGGGAAAAGUGUUAUGACAACCCAUUCCUGAAUACUCAUUAAGUGAUAUGGCCAAGUUUUAUAUUUUUUAUGCACUUUUAUGACUUGCUUAGUAUGUAGUAAAUGUCUAGACACCCAGUAUAUAGAUUAACAGUUGUAAUUUUUGCACUUUAAUAGUCACUAUAAUAUCUAUGAUCAGUGCAGUGAAUUUUAUAAAAACUAAAUUUCUACUCUGUAUUUUCUCAUCUGAAUAUUUUGCCAAAUUCAUCCCCAAAUAAAUACUCAUAUUUGAAGGUCAAAUAGUGGAAUUUUUGGGAGUAUUAUGUCAUAUAACUUCAAGAGGAUAACGAUAGCUAAUCAAAGCACAAUUUGAAAUCAAAUAGCAGAUUUGCACAUUUGCACAGAAAAAUUAAAUGUCGAAGGCCUAUGCUUUAAAUUCCCAGUAAUAACCACUCAUUUAGCAGCUAUUGAGAUAUGCAUACUGGAGAGAUUGCAAAAGUUCAGAUUUAAUGUUGGUAUAUAAUGCUUAGGAAUACUGUUUUAGCAAUUAGAAAAUUACUUGAAGGUUUCGAAUUCGUUCACUGCAGUGAAAUGUUUUUGUACCAUCUUGAAAAACCUAAUUCAUUGUAGUGAAAUGUUUUCGUAACAUCUUGAAAAACCAAUGUAUAGAGAGCAUUUAAUUUUUUUCCCUGCAAGCAACUGACCUGAGUGGUAUUGAUUUAGGUUCAUUUAUUAAGACAGUUUAGGAUAUUAAUUAAAAAGGGGUAAAAAAUGAAAGAAAAAAGAACUAUCCCCAUUUUCUCUGACAUGUCCUGCAUUUCAAUAAUUGGUCUGCAAAGCAAACAAUUCAAGUGCUUAUGAAGAGCUGGGCUUUGCUUUCUAUGCACUCAAAUUUUACCUGUAUAAUGGAUUAUUUAUUUAUUAUAUGUCAUAUUUGUAUUGUAUACAAUGAGAAGUAAUUUCAGACCUUGUCAAACUUUAAAAAUUCAAUAUCAAAAGAAUUACUUUGAGUAAAUCAGAAGGCAUAGUAGGUUUUGUUUCAGAUCUGUAAAUAUAUUCACUAGCAACAAACCCCAAUGUCUGUAAAUUAUUAUAGCAGCAAGCAAGACCACAACUAUGUGUAAGUACAUCUAAUUUUGUGUUUUCUAUCUGCCCUUUUUGUCAGAUUUGGAUCUUUGACCACUAGGUAACAUGUCCUUUGCCAUCUCGUGUGUGAGUGCAGUCAGGGCAAGGCAGCCCUGUCUUCUGUGGCCCAGUUAGAGUAAUGGGCAUGUCACCCAAAUGUCAAGGGCUGAAAUUCCUUCAGGGAAAGAUAAAAAAAAUCAAGUGCUGGAUGUACACUCAAUAUGGUUUUGGUGCUAUUAAUGCAUGGAAAACCCACUACUAUUUACCAAAUACUUUGUAACAAAAGGAAAUCAAAAAAGGAAAUGGAUAGUUACUAGAAUGAUGGUCCCACUAAUAUACAAAUUGUUAUGCAUUGUGUAGUCUAGGUUUUUUAAAAAAUAAAAAAAAUAAAUAAAAAAAAAUCACCUGGAGGAAGUUUACGCAGUAUAUGAAAAUUUUAAUGUAGUAUUCAUACUUCAAAUUAACAGUAAUUUUUGUUGGUUUUGAUAAAGUAGAUGUCAAGAAAAUUAAUACCUGAUGCUUUAUAAAGGUCGUAUAUUCCAAGAGUGUUUCCCCCCCAGGAGCUUUUUGUCGAGAGGAUGAACCGAAACGGCAGAUUUUUAAAAGUUAUAACUCAUUUGUAUUUGUGGGGUUAGUCAUUUAUUGAUUUUCUUUUCUUUUCUUUUCACGUUCACGAAGAUGUUCGUCCAUUAAUAACAUUGGGUGUUUGGCAAUUGAAAAAGUGUUCUAUGUGAAGAGAAAAAUGACUGCCAUGAGUUGCUUUUCAGUGGUUUAAGGGUUUGUAAUACUUCGUAUGUUGUAAAAGAUUCAAAUGUAGCUCGGUCAUAUAAGCAUCAAUCAAAUUGACUCCUGGUUAUUUGUUUCAUUUGCUUAUUUGAAGUGAUGUGUGUUGAAUUACCAAAGAACUGGAAAUGGUGGCAAAUUCUGGUUGUAGUUCUAUUUUUAACCAGAUUUUGUAAGUUAGGAUUGUGAUAGGAAUCUCAAAAGGUAUAAAAAUGUCACUUUAAACAUAGUACACAAUAAGUAGUAGCUUCAGCAUAGGCAAAUAUCCCAUUAAACCUGUGGUAGGGUAAAGGAUCACUGCCAAUUGCCUUUUUGGUGCUAGGAGGACCUGAAUUUGGUAAGGACACAAUGUCAUGGGUCAUGUGUCAGUCAUCACCACCUUGUGAAAUGCAGUUCUCAUUUUGAUAUAUACUAUUUACACCAGUGACACAUUUGACAAGGUGAAGGUUGGAAUGAUUAGAGUUUUACUUUGAAAUUGUAGCAGAAAGAAGCUUCAUCUAACUUGUAUGUAAGAGGUAUUUCAUUAGUGAACAUAGGAAAGUCAAGAUUUAUUCUUCAUAUGUUAGUAUUUAGAGUUAAACCAUGGCCAGCUCUUUACCCAGGGGACAUAGUCUUCUUAAGUGGUGAAGUAUUUCUGGGUGAAUGUCUACAUAAAGGAAUUAUUGGUAGUUUUGUCUUUUAUCGGGUAUACAAUCAAGUACUGUUUGGUAUUUAAAAAGUUGAGAAUCAUGAAUAGAAACGUCUAUAGAUUUCACAAUGUAAAGUUUUUAUGACUUAAUUCACCAUCUUCCCUGUUAGGACAUGAACCCAUGAGCUGUUUGUGAUUUUGAAGUGUGGAGGUCCUUGAUUAGUCACACUAUGAAGAAUUGAUCCAGAUAUCCUUGAUUGCAUCUUUUAUAUUAAGGCUUAUAUGAAUUUUUCUUAGUAAGUAGGAAUUGGGAGAAAAUUUGAAACAUUUUUGAUAAAUAACAUUGCUGAGGUUCCCUCAAAUUCAUGCUGUAUUGGAGGUGAGGCAACAGUGGUAUGGCUAUUUUACAUCAUAAAUAUCAUGGAGAAAAUAUAUACAUAAAAAAAUGCUCUGAGAAAAAUUUGUUAAUGUAUAUUUUUAAAGGACAAUUUAUGGCAGAGUAUGAUGAAAAAGAACCCUACCAUUGUGUUCAUUGAGCCAUCCCAAGAUAACAUAUAUUUUGGUGCUUCUUACGUAAGAUUUUCUUUUGUACUUAAGAAAGCUUUAGCAGAGUCUUUCUGAAGAAAGCUUUAGCAGAGUCUUUCUGAAGAAAGCUUUAGCAUAGUCUUUCUGUAUGUCAUAUGGCAUCCUUCAAAAAGCACAUGCAGUUAUUCACACUGCUAUGAAACAUUCUAAUUUUUGGACUCUGCAAAGUUGCAUCCAUAUGCACAAUACUUAAAAGUGCUAUAUUAUUGCUUUUGAAAGAAAAUGCAUGCAUCUCUUUAGUAUUUAUAGAUCAACAACAACAUGAAUAAAAUUUUAAUAGUAUUUAAAUUAUACUUUAUAUUUUUAUCUAUUUUUAUAUUUUGAAAACUUAGUCUAGUAAUAAGGUACCUAAUGCCUUUGUAGUGUAAAAUGUGACUGUCAUUAUAUUAGUAUUACAGACUUAAUCUUUUCAGAUAGAUUUACACCCUUAAUGGUCUUGCUAUCAAAUUAAUUGGGAACUAUGGUAAUACAGUAUAUGCAAAUGCUUUACUUUACUUACACACAAGUGCACUAGACUCUCCAUCAGGCCAACUCUUCUUCAUUUCUCUUGAAGGAUAUUGUGCAGUGAUGGCUCCCCUCUCCCCAAGGCAUCACUUUCCUUUUUCUCAUCUGACAGCAGUAUUGUCUUUUCAUUCAUAACAGUAAUCAAUGAUAAAUCUGUCUAUUGAGCUGUGUGUUUUUUCUAUAUAUUUAUGAUUAUAGUUUAUGAAAUUCAUGGUAAGGUAUUUUAUGUGGGCAGCCAAAAGCAAUAAAAUUGUUCGUAUAAAAAGAGGAAGAGAACAGUUUUCCACUGUUUUAUUCAUUGAAUUUUUUGUAAGAGGCCUACUGCAAACUGGCGGGUACAUUGUAUAAAGUUAACAGUUACGUGUGUAUGUAUGAGUUGCCAGAUGCCACAGGUUCCUUCCUUUACAAUCUCUGAAUGUUUUCAACCUGUUUCCAGCUGGUGCAAAAUGAUUAACCUAUUGUUAAGACCUCAGGUUUGUUAGCUAUGAAAAAUACAAAUUGAAUUUGUCAUAUCACUUAGGGUAUGUGACAUUCUAGGGCAAUUCAGUAGAAUAUUCCAUAUACAAGCGGAGUCAUAGUUAAUACGUAUUUGGAGAGAUGUGAAGACAGUCAACAUGGUGAUCUGAGUAGUGUCUUGGAGAAUCAAUGCCAAAUGAUACUAUUGCAUAAGACUGAACUUGAUGGUAGGAACUCAUUUACUAGAGUAAAACAUGGAAUGAAUCUCUAUUAACAAUAGUGUUAUUAUAACACAGACUGAAGUUAAAGUAAAAAUUUUGUUGCCAUGAGGAUAAAAAUAUAAUGGAAAAAAAUUAAUUUUGCAAACUUUGCUUAUGUUAUAUAACAUGCAGCACUAAAGCUGAAUCAAGCCCAAGAUUUCAUUUAAAAAAAUUUAAAUAUAGAGACUAAGUUUGGACCAAUUAUGCAUUUUUACUCAAAGUUUGACAUAUGCCAACCCCUGUCAGUUUUUUCCCUCAAGAGAAUAACUAAUAAAAUAUCUUGAAAGGACACAAUGAUAUAAUAAAACAGUAAUAUGUACUUUAAUGAUUCAGCAUAAUUUAUAUUCUAGAAAAAGCUGUCAUUUCCAUAGAUUAUUUGGCUUCAUUUAAAAUAUGAUUCUUAAAUGAGCUAGUCUUUUAACUGUUUAGAAAUCACCCUGAAUUUGGUUGGACACACUUUUUUGGUUAAAUUGGUAAAAAAUAAAAUGGCCAGGUCCUGUAAAAAGUUUUCAUACCCUGGAAUGUGGAAUAUACAAAUGCUUGCCUUUCUUUACUGUAAACGAAAUAGUUCAUAAAAUGAUGAUUAUAUGAAAGUGGUGGAUAAUAUAUAGAUCCAAAGAAGUGUCGUCAUUUUAUUAUUCAUUAAAAUAACUUUAAAAGCUAUGAUAAUUUCCUUUACUGAAGAAUUUUCUGUGAAUUUUUUAGUAGUACAGAAAUACUAAUAAUUUGCUGUUGAAAAGGCUUCUUGCAUCACUACCAUAUACAAAUGGCAAAGAUAACUCACCAUUCACUGUCUUAUUGAUAUUUUCCACACAAAGGGCUUUGUAAGUCAUCUGAACAAUUAUUUUCUAGUAUCUAAUUUUUGAACAAUAAAUUAUUUUCUAGUAUUUAAUUUUGUGGGAGUAACAG